CACACCUCAUGCAUGCAUGCAUGCAAAGGGUCACAAAAAAACUUAACAAAAAAAACAAAAACAAAAAAAUAGCACAAAUUUACCAAUGACCAAAAAAAAACCACAACCACAUUCCAUUGUUACCUUCAUCAUAAUCACCAAAAUUUCAUCAAAAUCAUGGCCAUAGCUCCAACAAUCCUCCAUCCAUCAUUCUUCAUCUUGAUCUUCAAUAUCAUCAUCAAAUUUUCCAUUACAAGUUCCAUGACAGAAGCAGAAGCAUUAUUGAGUCUAAAAAACUCUUUCACCAAUUCUGUUGCUCUUAAUAAUUGGAUUGCCAACACUUUGCCUUGCGCCGAAGACGAACAAUGGGAAGGCGUAAUAUGUUACAACGGGUUAGUAACCGGUCUUCGCCUCGGUGGAAUGGGACUAUUCGGAAAAAUUGAUGUUGAUGCAUUGCUUGAACUCAGAGGUCUAAGAACUAUUAGUCUUAAUGAUAAUUCUUUCGAAGGUUCGAUACCAGAAUUGAAUCGAAUCGGUUACCUAAAAGCGAUAUAUUUGUCGAGAAACAAAUUCUCAGGACAUAUUCCUAAGGAAUAUUUUCUAAGAAUGAAUUCAUUGAAGAAAGUUUAUUUAUCUGAUAAUGAAUUCACAGGUGAGGUUCCUUUAUCAUUGGCCGAGGUUCCUUCACUCGUCGAAUUACAUCUUGAAAAUAAUCAGUUUAGCGGUACCAUUCCGAAUUUGAAUAAUCCUGCAUUGGUGAUAUUUAAUGCUUCAAACAAUAAUUUGGAAGGUGAAGUUCCAGAAAGUUUGUUGAGAUUCAAUGAGAGUUCUUUCUUAGGUAAUGCUGGUUUAUGCGGCGAGAAAUUCGGUACAAUAUGUGGACAAACAACGAUGCAGAAAAAACCAAAACCAAAACCUGUUAAUGCACAAGAUAUUAAUAAUAUUACACAACUCAACAACACUAAUAGCAAUCAUGUUUAUGUGAGUGUGCCAGAUCAGAGUAAGCAUAGAUCAUUGCAGAUUAUUGGUAUUGUUGUGACAUGUGCAGCACUAAUUGCACUGGCUAUAUUUUUGAUUGUGAGAGCAAGAAAAAAGAAAGAGAAGGACAAAUCGAGCGAAAUCGGCGAGAAAAAUGGACAGGAAAGUGUGAAUGAUUGUGGUGGAAGUUUUGAGGUUCAAGUGAGUAGUAAUAGUAUUUGUAGUAAUGAUAUUAGUAAUAGUCAUGUGAAAAGAGAUACAGGUUCGAUGAAAAAAGCAUCAUCUAGUAGUAGAAGGAGUUCAUCACAUGGAAGUAGAGGGAUAGGUGAGCUUGUGAUGAUGAAUGAGGAGAAGGGUGUGUUUGGUAUGCCUGAUUUGAUGAAAGCUUCUGCUGAGGUUCUUGGAAAUGGAGGGUUUGGAUCUUCUUAUAAAGCUGUUAUGUCUAAUGGUGUUGCUGUGGUUGUGAAAAGGACUAGAGAGUUGAAUUCUUUGGGAAAAGAUGGUUUUGAAGCUGAGAUGAAAAUUCUAUCAAGGUUACACCAUUGGAAUCUUUUGACACCUUUGGCUUAUCAUUAUAGAAAAGAUGAGAAGUUGGUUAUCUCUGAGUAUGUUCCUAGAGGAAGUCUACUCUAUUUGCUGCAUGGUGAUAAAGGACCAUCUCAUACAGAACUAGAUUGGAACACACGUUUAAAAAUUGUACAAGGAAUUGCAAAAGGAAUGCAAUAUCUUCAUACAAAACUCUCUUCUUGUGAUCUACCACAUGGAAAUCUCAAAUCAAGCAAUGUUCUACUUGGACCAGAUUAUGAACCAUUACUUAUGGACUAUGGUUUCAUCCAUCUAGUAAACCCUUCAAAUUUUGCAAACACAUUAUUUGCUUAUAGAGCACCAGAAGCCUCACAACACAAUCAAAUUUCGCCUCGUUGUGACGUAUACUGUCUCGGCGUAGUCAUACUCGAAAUAAUCACUGGAAAAUAUCCUUCACAAUAUCUUAGCAAUGGUAAAGGCGGAACCGAUCUAGUACAAUGGGUGGCAUCAGCGGUUUCCGAAGGAAGGGAGUUUGAACUACUUGAUCCUGAAAUCGCGAGUAAAAGAAAUUCGUUAGACGAUAUAAAACAACUUGUUUACAUUGGUGCAGCGUGUACCGAAAGUAAUCCUCAAAAGAGAUUAGAUAUGAUGGAAGCAACUAGAAGAAUAGAAGAGAUUAAAGCAAGUGAGGUUGAUCAUGUUCAAGAAGCAAGAACAAUAGAGGUCUUGCCUUCUUUUGAAGAUGAUGAAUAUGGAGAUUCUUUUCAAGGGUAUGAUGAUAAUGAAGAACCAAGGAGGAAACAUGGAACAGAUACUUUUGGAAGUAAAGAUACUUUUGACUUAGGUGUUUCCUAACUGUUAGGUGAAAUUUCAAACAUGGUUUAUGUUUAGUGGAAAAUUGGUUUUGUGCCACUUUUUGUGACAAUUUGUGUAAGUUGGCAUAUACAUUUUUUCUCUUUAAAGUUUGAAGUUAUAGAUUAGGGACAUGUACAGGUAAGUUUUUAGUGGUAUCUUAGUUAUAGGACAAAGAUUUGUAGAUGUUUCAG